GCCGCGCCAGGCCCGCCUGAGCCCCGGGCAAGCAAGUCAGAGCUGCGCCGGCCUCGCCGCGCCUUGGAAGGCCGUACGUCAGCGCCGCGACACCCUGCGCCCGCGGAUGACGUCGGGGCGAAGCCACACGAGGAGUGAAAACUGAGUUUCCCUUGGCUGUGUACUCACUUCUGGCCAGUCCAGUACCCGCUGGCCUGUGGCGGCCGAGCCGCUGGUCCUCGAGGUCGCUCCGGAGCCGGUGAGGCAGUUGCACACUGAGCCAGUGAAUGACCCUAGGCCUGCAGGUGCUGCAGGGGCUCUCAGGAGGAAUGGCGGCCAAGGGCAGCCUGCUUCGCCUGCUCUGGCAGCGUGGGAUGACAAGGGCUGCCCCUGAGAGCUGCCGCCACCUAUAUACAUCCUCUUGGCGGGCUGACUGCAACAGAGCCUCGCUCACUCGAGUGCACCGGCAGACCUACGCACGCCUCUACCCUAUUCUCCUGGUCAAGCAGGAUGGUUCCACCAUCCACAUCCGCUAUCCGGAACCGCGUCGGAUGCUCACAAUGCCUCUGGACCUGGACUCCUUGUCCCCAGAGGAGAGACGUGCACGAUUCCGAAAACGAGAGGGCCAGCUCAAAAAGAAGGAGGAGGAGCCAGAGCUUGGUGACGACUUUGAUGUGGAGCAGUACAAGCAGUUUUGGAGCAAAAAGUGAUGGUGCCUGGAAGCUGCUGUGUCCUAGGGAAUGCUGUGAAGCAGGGAGGGGUACGUGUCUAAAUCAUGAGUUGACGAAGCUGUAUCUUGUGAAAAGAUCAAUACAAAGGACAUUCAAAUAACA